CCCCCAGGAGCACACAUACAUGGGGGCGGGGGACUGGAUGCUGAGUCCGGAGCUGCUGGAAUGGGCUGCGGAGAGACCCGGGCCGAUCUCCUCCCGAGAGCUCUGCGGAGAGAGACCUUCACACUUCGCCCCGUCGAGAGCAACGCCGCCGCGGAUGGUCAGCUCGUUGCCGCCUCGCGAUUGUCUAUUCCAGACUCUUCGUGCGCCUCGGGGCUCCAGCUGCAAAUCGCCCUGCGCGGCCCUCGCUCUCGCCUCGGCGGGGCGCUGACAUGGCGGCGCUCUGCGUGGGACUGACAGCCCCUUCCGUCCCGCUGCAGACCCCCGGUUGGCCGUGAGGAGAACCGCGAAGAAGCUCCGCGGGUGGCUUCCCGUGUGGCUGCUGUUGGUACUGCGCUGCCAGCGCCGCGCCCAACCUCACCCGCUCCACUCUCCAUCCCGGCCUCGCUUGGGAGCUGGCCGCUGCGGGGGUGAGAAGUGCCGCCCGCUCAGGCCGCCCGCUCAGAACUCUUGAUCCUGUUUGGCUUUGCUGGCUUGAAAUUGUCAUCUUGUUUUGCUGGCUUUUUUCCUAUACAUAUUCAAAUUUAUUACAAGGACAUUAAAGUGAAAACUGGGGAUGUCUCAGGAUCCAAACAAACCAAAUGUAAACAAGGGGAAAUCAGAUGUGUCACAGGAUAACCAGCAGGACCACUUGGAGAAUGCAGAGCAGUCUAUCCAAAAGAAGAUUCGACAGAACACACCAAGUCCCAGUAGAGGCAACACACCUGAGGCUAGCCCUCCUCAGUUUGUGUCAGUGGAGGAACUGAUGGAUACAGCAAAAGGUGUUACAAACAUGGCCUUAGCCCAUGAGAUUGUUGUCAAUGGAGGCUUUCAGAUUAAGCCAGCCGACUUGCCAGAAAACAGCCUUGAAAGAAGAGUAAGAGAUAUUGUCCACAAAGCUUUUUGGGAUUGCUUGGAAACACAGUUAAAAGAAAACCCACCUUCAUACGAUCAUGCAAUUAAACUUGUAGGAGAAAUUAAAGAGGCUCUCUUGUCUUUUUUGCUGCCUGGCCAUACUCGAUUAAGAAAUCAGAUUACCGAAGCUCUUGAUCUGGAGCUGAUAAAACAGGAGGCUGAGAAUGGUGCCCUUGACAUUUCUAAGCUGGCAGAAUUCAUCAUUGGAAUGAUGGGGACGCUCUGUGCUCCAGCGAGAGAUGAGGAAAUUCAGAAGUUGAAAGACAUUCAUGAAAUUGUUCCCCUGUUCAGAGCAAUUUUCUCUGUGUUGGAUUUGAUGAAAAUGGACAUGGCUAAUUUUGCUGUCAGUAGCAUUAGGCCACAUUUAAUGCAGCAAUCAGUAGAAUAUGAAAGAAAGAAGUUUCAGGAACUGUAUGAAAAACAGCCAAAUUGCUUAGAUUUUGUGACUGAAUGGCUGCAAGGAGCCAUGGCUGACCUCCAAUCCAGAGUUGCAUGUGCUAGUAUUAAUGAUGUUACAUCUGCCAGUAACACUCCGGCACUGUGUCCUGUUGCUAUACAAAAUCAUGCAUAUAUUCAACUGCUCAAGUGGAAUCAUCUGCAGAAACCUUUUCCAGAAGUAACUAUAUCUACUGUGUUAAUGGACCAAAGCCGUUUCCAGGAAAUGCAGUUGGAAUUGGACCAGCUUAUUCUAACUGGUGCUGUUCUUCUGGUAACCUUCAAUGCGGCAGGCACAGCUCUUUCAGAUUUGCCAGCUUUUACCAACCAGCUCAAAAUGGCUAUCCGAGUAUUGCUGACAGGGCUACACAUUCCUUCCUUCAACUUGAGUGAAACUUUGGCUGUCAUAAGUGAAAAGAUUUGUGCUGAAGUUAACAGUUGCCUUUCCCAGCAUGGCUUUAUACCUUUCACACCUGAAAAAGUGAUUGUGCUUAAAGGACAAAUCCAGGCUCUUGCCAAUCCUGAUAACACUGUAUGCAAACUGAUAGAUUCAAGGAUCCAGUUGUUUUUGGAGAAUUACCUUGCUUGUGGUCAUCAGAAAUCCCUUCCUCCUGUGCCUGGUGGAUUGGGCCCUAUUCAGAGAGAGCUGGAGGAUAUUGCUAUCAAGUAUAUUCGCCUUGUUGACUACAACAAGAUGGUUUUCACUCCUUAUUAUGAUGCAAUUCUUAGCAAAAUAUUGAAUAAAGAGUUUCCUUAGCUGUGAAGAAAACUGAAAAAUGCCAAACCCAUUUGUAUGCUGUCCCUCAACAAGAGGGCUUCAGUCCAGGGCCAGAUAAGAGAAAGCUGUUUUAUUCUGCUUUUACACUUUGGGAUUUUUUUUGGUCAGAAUUAUCAGGGCUGGAAAAUGGAAGCUUCCUUCAGAGACCAGUUGUUCAUUUAGGAUCCCCACGAUCAGCCUUGCCGUGUGUUGCACCCUUCUGUGUCACCUCUCCUAGCAUAGCCCAGUGCUGUUCAGAAACUUCUCUUCAAAGCAUUACAUGGGACAGAUUCAUUAGGGUAAAAUGCAGUAUCUCAAGAAUUGUGCUGAUCAUGCUCCGUGGGACUUUUCCAGAAGUCCCCAGCAUGGUUAGUUUGCAACAUUUCACUCCACUUGUUCCUUCUGGCCAGUAGCUUAGGGAUUCAGACAAGCUUAGGAAUCAAGUGGUUUGCUGUAUUCUGUCGAAGCUGAUUCUUACAUGGGAAAAAGUCCUGAAUCAAUGCUUGGAUCAUUACUGUUGGCUCAUUGUGGUUAACUUUAUCUAUUGUAGAAACAUUGAAACCUUAAAAAAAUGGCUUUCCAACAAAAGUUUCCAAAUAAUUCAAUAGCAGUGAUCAAAUAUCAUUAUGUAAAAUAUACAUAAAAAUAUAUUGGCUUAGUAUUUAAUUUUUUUGGCCAUAAUGGCCAGUGGCAACAUAAAAAGGUAAUUAUGGAAACCAUCCUGUUAGCAUGACUGAAAAAUACAUGCUAACAGGUUCUUAAUAUAUAUGGUUCUUUAUAUGGUUCUUAAAGCCUGUUCUAAAUACUUCAACUUAAAUUUCCACAUAUUCAGAAUUUGAAUAUUGAUAGUUAAAGCACUUUAUAUGUAUUCUGCAAGCCAAGGCUCUGUGAGCCAUGGUUUUCUAUAGCCUUUGUUUCUGUAUCUGUAGAUUCUUGGUCAAAAUCAUAUAUAUUUUUGUAGAGUAUUUUCCAGUUCUUUAUUUCCCUAUUCAUAAGAAUGCUAUCCUGUAGACUCAAGGAGAUGUUUUUCUUUUGACAUGUGGAAACUCUUUUGAAAAGAGCGGUUUCUUAGUUUUCUAUUAGUGUAGCGUGAAAUGCUAUUAAAGACAAACCUUUAUAGCUGAAGCAGUUGAGUAACAGUAGAUCCACUGAAUCUUAUUGCUGGGUUUUAUUUACAUAUAGAAAGCUUGGGAUUAGAAGAUGGACCAGCCUUAGUAAUAAAAAUCUCAAGCUCCCAGUUCAAUUGCUAUUUUCAUAUAGUUGCAAAUACAAGCCUUAGCACACUCAUUUGUCCAAAUGUUAGUAGACACAGGCAGAUUCUGCCUCACCUUCCCUGUUGGGCCCGCAGCACAGAAUUUCACACGCUCAAGACCCAGUGGUCAAUCCAUAGGGAGAAAAAGAUGCUUCUGUGCAUGCAUAGCUCUUGCUCAGUUGGAUGCAAAAGAUUUAUUGAUUUUGAUGUUACAGAUUGUUAAGAGAGUUCUUUUCUUAUACAAUGAACAUAUUCUAAGAAAUAUAUUGAAAUCUGCUUGGCUGUCUUAAAAAAUAAUUUCAAGAGUUCAUAAAUAUAUAGCAUCUUGGGUUUUUGACAGAAUAACUGGGUUUCUGAAGCAGAAUUGACCUGUGGAUUGCUUUCCAGUAUUAAAGUUUAGUAAAAUAAAUUAUAUUUAUUUAUUGUAUUAGUUAAGGCCGCUGAACUAAAAAUUGUUAUUUGUUAGAAUAAAAAUUAUAUCCAAAAGCAGGAAUAAUAAAGCAGAGAAGCUUUAGUUGGAAAGACAGAUGCAAUAUGGGGUCUGAAAGUUUAGUGGCUGUCUGUUAAAUAU